AUGUUAUUUUAUAAUUUAUAUACCAAUAUACGACAAACGGGACGGAUCAUAGUCUUUCUAUUGCUCCUCAAUUCUAUACGAUUCGUUCAAACAAAAUGUGUCAUGUACGACACUUGCCAUCGAGAAAAUGGUCAGAACAUGAACUGUCCUAACCCCAACAAAGAACCCGUGAAGGUGACGGACGAAGCAUCUCUCAAAUUAUUAGAAUCUUUCUGUCCCUAUAUGGGAAAUCGCAAGAAUGAACCUUUGUGUUGCUCAUCUGCCCAGUUGGAAGAUAUGGCUUAUAAGUUAAGACAGGCUAAUGGCUUGUUAUCGCGAUGCCCAUCUUGUUCUGAUAACUUUCAAAAGUUGUGGUGUGAGUUCACUUGCUCACCCAGACAGUCGGAUUUUGUAACGAUUCAAGAAGUUUUUGAUGUACCGAACAGCAACAAGACCUAUGUGAAUUCUGUGCGGUAUCAUGUUGCGGAAAGCUUUGCCACUUCUCUUCAUGAAUCAUGCAAAAACGUUCAUUUACCUAAUUCUGACACAAUGUCGUUGAGCCUCAUGUGUGGAGAAUUAAGUCACAACGAAACUUGCUCAAGGGAUAAAUGGUUGAAAUAUAUGGGUACUCAAGAUCUUUCUUAUGGAAUUCCUUUGAAUAUUGACUUCGUUCUUCAUAACUCAAAUGAUCACUCCAGAACGUAUAUGACCGAAGGCGCUUCUAAAUGUAAUCAAGCAGCUCGACUCGGGAUGAGUAAAUGUAGCAGAUAUGACUGUCCAAGUGUUGAUGAUGAACAAGAGUUUUUUCCAGAAGAUCAAGGAACUAUGGAAGUAUGUUCACUACUUGGGGUUGGGUGCACUUCUUGGUUCUUGGGAGUUUCCUGUAUUAUUUUCGUAGCCAUACUCUUCUGUGUGGUAUCUGCCAACGUUUGCAAAACUGGAGAAGAACCUUUGCCUGAUUACAAAGGUGUAGAAACGAAUCCAGGCACCAUUGAUAGCGUGGCGUUUUGGAUAGAAAAACAGAUCGAGAUCAGUUGCUCGAUGCUAGGAGAGUUUACUUGCCGUAAAUACUCUUCUCUUAUCGCGUUCGGCUUGUUCGUUUUCGUAGUGAGCAGUUUUGGAAUCCUUUUCGUGAACGUAACUUCUGAUCCGGUGGAGCUGUGGUCUGCACCAAACAGUAGGGCUCGAAUAGAGAAGAAGUUUUUUGAUACUCAUUUUGCCCCUUUCUACCGUAUCGAACAACUGACGGUCUAUCCUAAAAAUAUGACUGGCAUUCAGGGAAAAGAGUUAAUGAUGGGCCCGAUUUUUCACAAGGAUUUUCUGAAAGAGGUUUUCAAUCUAGUUAAUUCAAUUACGAACUUGGUCGGAACUACGGAAGACGGUUUCUCUGUUAGUUUGGCUGAUAUUUGCCACAGACCUCUCGGGUCCACUUUUGACUGUUUAAUAAAUAGUCCCACUAAUUAUAUGCAGCACAACGUAACUUUGCUUGAUAAAGUUGUUACCGUCAAGCCAAAAGCAGGGCCGGAAACUUUUGAUUACUAUUCUGAUGAAGAAGACCUUCCCCCAGUUGUUUACAAUUACUUGGAUCAUUUCUACGAUUGUAUAAAAAAUCCUUAUUCAUUCGAAACACAUCUGGGAUUGUCAUGUCACGGAUCUUUUGGAGGUCCCCUGACACCAUUGCCAUUGUUUGGAGGUAGCAAUGCUACUGAUUACUUCUAUAAUUCAACUGCCAUCAAUAUUGCUUUCGUAAUCAGUGGUAGGGUGAAUAAGAAGAAAGCGUUGGCUUGGGAAGAAAGCUUUAUCAACCAUCUUAAGGAGUAUAAGCAUGAAUCUGUGCAAGUUUCAUUCAUGGCUGAAAGAUCAAUAUCUGACGAAAUUCAAAGAGAAAGUGAAUCAGAUGGCUAUACAAUAAUGAUUUCUUGUAUUUUAAUGGUCUCUUACGUUAUUUUCGCUCUAGGUACUUAUAACGUUGAUAAUAAUAGAUUGUUAUCCAUUUUAAUACAUUCGAAGUUGACUAUCGGUGUGGGAGGCAUGUUUUGUAUAUUCGCCAGUGUUAUAAGUUCAAUUGGAGUUUUCUCUAUGUAUGGAAUGAUAGUACCCCAAAGUGCUCUAGUUGUUCAAUUUUUUGUUAUGCUUGUCAUUGGAGCGAAUAGAAUGUUCAGUGUUGUUUCUGCUGUCAUGAGACUUUCCGCUAUACAUAACAAUGUUUCUACAUUGAUGUUCCAUGUAUGUGGUGAAGUUUUCCCAAGUUUCAUCCUUUGCACAGUAGCCCAAAGCUCUUGCUUUUUCAUCGGUUCUAUUUGGGGAGCUCCUGCAGUAAGAUGCUUUUGUCUUAUUGCGGCGUUAGGAAUGAUAUUUCAACUUAUGUACUUCUCAACUUUCUUCACUCCCCUUGUCAUAAUUGACUAUAGACGAGAAAAGAAUGGGUACCCUGAGCUGUGCUGCUUCCGUAAAUACCCAACUGAACCGGUCGAGUACGAUGGAUAUAUCAAGACUAUAAUACAGAAGUACGCGGCACCGUUUCUUAUGAGACCUGCAGUUAAAACUUUUGUGGUUGCAUUGACGUGCUCAAUCCUUAUCAUUUCACCAAUAGGAUUUUCUCAAAUCAGACUAGGACUGGAUCAGAAAAUGGCUGUACCUGAGGACUCAUACGUAUUCCUACACUUCAAAAAUAUGGAUAAGUACCUCAAUGUUGGACCACCGGUCUACUUUGUUGUUCAAGGUGAUGUGGACUUUUCUAAGAAAGUUUGGCAGGAUAAGUUUUGUACGCUACCGGGGUGUGCUGAGAACUCAGUUGGAGCUAUACUCAAUCAAGCAAUAGCCAGUUCUAAUAAAACUCAUUUGGCUGGUUCUGUUUUGAAUUGGAUUGAUAACUACCUGGAAUGGCUAAACCCUGAUAGUGGAUGCUGCAAAGUUGUCACCAACAGUACAUUGUUAGAGUUCUGUCCGAGUUCAAAUCGUUUCGGGAAAUCUUGUGAAGUUUGUGAUAGCCUUACAAACAAGAAUAGGCCUAGUGAAGACGCUUUCUAUAAAUUUAUCACUUUUUAUCUUCAAGACCCACCAAAUAGAGAAUGCAUGAAAGGAGGUGUUGUGUACAAGGACUCCGUUUAUUUGGAUCCACGUGGUCAUUUUGAAGCAAGUCAUUUUAUGACCUACCACCGAACUUUAAGAAACUCGUCAGAUUUUAUUUCUGCUAUGGAAGGAGCUCGGAUGGUCGCCCGUAAAAUUGAACAUGAGCUCAAUUAUUCAGUAAAAGUCUUCCCGUACAGCUCAUACUACGUGUUCUAUGAUCAUUAUCUUACUCAUCAGAAGGAAGCCGCUGCACAGUUGAUUAUCGCCAUGUCCGCAGUGUUCGGAACCGUUAGUUUACUUUCCGGUUUGGAUGCUGUGUUUGGAAUGUUUUUAGUUCUUGCUUCUGUAUGCCAUCUUUUCGUUCAAGUCAGUGUGAUGUGGUUAUGGAAUAUUGAAUUCAAUCCAAUUACCGCUGUUAAUUUGAUAAUGAGUGUUGGAGCAUCUUUGGAGUUUUUUAUACCUAUGAUCAUGGCAUUCUCUCGCUCGCUGAAAUGCAAUCGCGAUGAGAGGGCUAAAGAAGCACUUACUAUAGCUGGUCCAACAGUAUUUUCUGGCAUUUUUCUCACCAUGUUGAUAGGAACUAUCGUUCUGGCAUUCUCACACUCUCAGUUUUUCAAAGUUUUUUAUUUUCGUAUGUUUUUGGGAAGUGUACUCAGCGGAUGCUACUUCGGUCUUUUUGUUCUGCCAAUCAUGUUGUCCUAUUGUGGUCCUGUUAUCAAACAUUGGCGUUUCAUAGAAAGUCCGAAUAACUGUACAGCUAGCCCAGUUUUAUCCGGAAUGGACAAAACCAGUUCUUCUAAAUGUGUUGGGGCCUGUAAUUUAGGAGAAUCUCCCAAUUAA